AUGCCAAACAACCCCAAAAGGGAGCUCGAUGAACCCAUCCCAGACGACCAUGAGAUUCUGUCUAGUAAGAAGAUCAAAUCGGAAGAGUUCACAAGCGAUGGUGUUGACGUAGCCAUACCCUCACAUGCUGGGGAGUAUGUGAACAGUUAUUGGGGGAAGCAAACCGAAACCCCAUGGACUCCAGAACGCAGCGAGGAUGAGAAAAACCUCAUGAGCCAGCACGAGGCCUGCCGUGCCAAGCAGACUUUCGUUGCAGCUAUGGGUACUUACUGGAUUGAGUGCCCACUCAUUGAGAAUAAACACCCGGAACUAGUAGGCAGUCUGCGCAUGGUCGUUCAAGCCCUUGAUGAAGAUACACAGGAACGCGGCUUGCUCGAGGCUUACCUCAACCUUGGGCUAUUGAAAGGGACCAUGGUCAUGGCGCCUGGCCUUGCCAUAGUCCAAGAUUGGUGUUACAGACACCAGAGUCAGCGUUCAAGAGAUGAUGGCAAUGGGAAAUGCAAGAUCGACAAGGAGACAGAAAGACUUCGAGACGUUCUAGAAGAGUUCAAAAGAGUAAAUGGAAUACCUAUCGACGCGACCAUUGAAUCGCCGCCUCUCGACUUACAAAGGCCAUUCGACCUCGACGGCGAAGCUCGACUAUACGCGAACAGACCAUCCAUUGGUGGACCCAUUCGGAUCUCUGGCAAUACCGCGCAUCUCGAAUUCCGGGUAGAUAGUUUGUAUUUCGAAGGCAAGAUCAAUCUUCCUAUGAUCAGCGACACGCCUGUAAAGAUUUCUGGUCACAGAAUCAAAAGCGAUGAUUCUUGCACCGUUGAGAAGUGGUUGGAUUACGAUACGUCGAAGGUCAAAUAUGGGGCGGUGUGGAACGAGUUUUGA